AUGUAUCAUGGGCGAACAGGUAGCGAGGGUGUCAGAGAGUAAAAUCAAGCACUACCCCGUCGGAUGUCUGGUGCAGAUGUACUCGGGGUGGCGUUCACGUUCACUGAUCAACGCCACAAAUAGAAAGGACACUGAAGAAAUUCAUCUUCUCAAAGUCCCCGACCUGGGAAAACUAGAACCCUCCCUCGCACUGGGAAUCUUGGGUAUGCCAGGGAUGACUGCCUACUUUGGGUUCCUGGAGCUCUGUCAGCCAAAGGCUGGAGACACUGUACUGGUCAACGGUGCCGCGGGGGCGGUGGGCAGUGCUGUCGGACAGAUCGCCAAGAUCAAGGGAUGCAAAGUGAUUGGUUUUGCUGGAUCAAAGGAGAAAUGUGAUUGGGUGAAGAGUCUUGGAUUUGAUCACGUGUUCAACUACAAGGAACAAGACAUCGACAAGUCCCUGAAAGAGGCGGCCCCCGACGGAAUUGACUGCUACUUUGAUAACGUUGGAGGAACUUUCACGUCUAAAGCUCUUCAACACAUGAAAAUGUUUGGUCGAAUGUCUGUUUGUGGUUGUAUCUCAGUCUACAAUACCACACAGCCACCUCUCACUCCAGAUCCGCUCAUGACGAUCCUAUACAAACAACUUAGAGUUGAAGGCUUCGAGGUGUUGCGAUGGGAGACUAGAUUUCCGGAAGGCAAAGCUCAAAUGAAGAAAUGGAUAGAUGAAGGAAAGGUCAAGUACAGAGAGACGGUCCAAGAUGGUUUCGACAACAUGCCCAAGAUCUUCAUGUCGCUCUUGAAAGGAGCCAACAUUGGGAAGAUGAUCGUCAAAGCUUAGAUAAACAGACAGGUCGCUGAGUGUUUGUAGUUCAGUCCCUUGAAUUUCAGGUUUAUGAUAGAUCCAUUUAUGCAAUAUGUUAGCUGUGUGAUUGGUUUGUACAGAUCUGUUGCUCAAGAAACAUUUUAAUAAGAUCUGCAAUCCAUACAUCAGUUGACAGGCAAACUUUUGUAGUACGUGUCUUUGAAACCGUGCCAUCUGCAGCAAACAAGCGCUGUCAUAUAUACGUUCUCUAGUUCUCAAAUGACUAAUUACAUAUAUCUGUAUACAUAAUGUAGUAGCUCUGUUUGCUUCGCUCUUAUUUACUCCCGGUACCAGGACCUGCAGCUGGUUGAUCUCAUCUAUCAAAGAUGACGGAAAAGGUGGUUUUGUUUGUAGUGACACUCCGAUCCCAGUGAAAUCGGAGCAGCCAAGUGGUUUGAGCGUUUGCCCGAUUUCCUCUAAUGUGUAGAAUGUGUUCUGGUGUACCCCACCCUGAGUUUGAUUGAUCAUUGCUACGAACGGUGAAGAACAGUUCUAAAUCACCCGUGCAUCUGUAACAGGCGAUUUGCUAAAGACAAUCAGAGAUAAAUGUGUAUGUGCGCUAAUCGAUCUUGAUCAUUUACAAGUCAUGUGUGUCAAGAGUGAAACACUUUCUAUUAACGUGCAUCGGUUUGCACCAACACACUUGUCCUUGACUUGCGUGCACUGACUUGCGUUCACCCACGUAUUGUCCGGUAACGCCCGGUACCUUGUAAUGUUUUAGUAUAUCAACAUGCAUUGGGAGUG